AUGCAUAGACAUAAACUCUCCGCAGCUUCUUUACGCAAGAAAGUUUCUUUCGACCUGGGCGAUUUAACGGACGAUUCAGACCCAGACGAUUAUCGAGACGACAACACGCCAGAUUGGACGCCUCGAACGGCUUUUUCCGGUAUAUCGCCGCGCAAAGCUCGCAGAUAUGUACUAACGUCAGUCAUUUUUCUCGUUUUUCUCUACGUCCUCCUCCAUCGAUCGCAGCCUCCUAGAGGCUUGUCUCCCUACCUUAAUUACGAUGCCAUUGAUUGGUCGCGAUACGCAUAUACACAAUAUGUCGUCGAUGAGGCAUACCUGUGCAACUCGGUGAUGGUAUUCGAGGCCCUGGAUCGGGUGGGUAGCCGAGCUGAUAGAAUCCUGUUCUACCCGCAUGUUUGGGAUACCGUGGUCUCGAAUAAGGAUGACCGAGUCAGCCAGUUGCUGAACCUGGCGCGCGAACGCUAUAAAGUUCAACUAGAGCCAAUUACAGUGGAGAGGAUUCACGAAUAUCACCAGUCAGAGGACUAUAGCACUUGGGAUAGUAGCAUUACUAAACUAUGGGCUUUUCGGGAGACGACGUAUAACCGAAUAUUGCAAAUAGACUCGGACGUCCUUGUUCUUCAAAACCUCGACGAGUUAUUUUUUCUCCCAUCUGCACCGGUUGCUAUGCCACGAGCUUAUUGGAACUAUCCGGAGAACCAGAAGCUUACUUCUCUUCUGGUACUUCUUGAGCCUUCGUAUCUAGAAUGGAAAGCGUUGAUGGAAAGGGUACAAGGGGUGACGGCGGGCCAACUUGAAACGGGCGUGAACGAGUCCAUGCACGAUUUAUAUGACAUGGAACUACUCAAUGACCGUUACGGUGCAUCAGCGCUCGUUCUUCCGCAUCGGCAAUAUGGAUUAGUGACGGGAGAAUUCCGUACCAAAGACCACCGGAAUUUCCUCGGUAAUACGCACGAAACGUGGAACCCCGACAAAGCUCUUAGUGAGGCCAAGCUGGUCCAUUUCUCGGACUGGCCAUUGCCCAAGCCAUGGAUUAUGUGGCCCCAGGGACAACUCGCAAAGAUGCAACCGAAGUGUGAUACCAAACCCGGCACGCCAGAGGAGAGCGGAUGCCGUGACCGCGAAGUGUGGAAACAGCUGUACGAGGAUUUCCGGCUAAAAAGAAAGGACGUGUGCAAGCUUCUCAGUUAUCCCGCUCCGGAGUGGCCGCCGAGACCAAAGGACAUGUCGAACCUGCCUCCUGGUGAAUCGGCUCCUGCGAUGAUCUCUGAGCAGGCCUUGGAUGACAAGCCAGAGUAG